AUGGUUAUCCUUAUAUCGAGCUUUGUUCGCGACGACAUUAUUCGCGAAUGGUGGCGGCUGGCGAGCUACGUCAGCCGCGAAACUAGAUACCGCGAAGAUUUAGUUGGCAAACGAUUUCUCUCAGUGAGUGGUGUUGCAAAAAUUAACGUGAAUAAAGUUUCCGAAUGGGGAUGGAAAGCUGGUGUUAUCAGAGCAGCUUCGCUCAAAGAUAACAAGAAUAAGGAGCUCCAGGUGUUAGUGGAAUAUGACGGUGUAGACUGGCAACGAAGAGAGUGGGUGGUGGUACAUUCACGUAAAACUUUUCGAGCGUUUUUGGUGGAAAGAACUUUAGUGUGGGCUCCCAAAAAGCACGAAAACGAGGAAGUUAAAUGGCCCGCUCUGACCUUCUGCCCACUCUCUGCCGAUGUGACGCUCUCAACGGACACUCAACCCGUGGAGUUUCUUCACGACCGCACACUCCAAUUCCUGGACUAUGGCAACCUCGAACCCUAUCAGGAGUGGAGCGCUCGGCUGGCGGGCUCGGAGGUGGGCGUGCCGGAGGAUGUGUUGUCGACCGUGUCCUCGGAGGCGGCGGAGUGGCGGACGGCACAGGACGGCCAGCGGAUCCUGACCAGCACGCCGUCCGUGCUGGGCGGCUGCCGGGCUCAGGUGUACCGCGCCGCGGGCGCCACUCAGUGGUACACCGCGGUCAUAGUCGGCGUCAACGAGCACACAGGGGAGCUCACAGUCACCGAUGACACAGUCCUGGAAGAGCACAGCGAGGAUCCGGCUCUAGUGCAUAUGAGACUACUUGGAGAUGGAGUGAUCGAAUCUAUAAUGAGGGGCGAAGUCGUGGGCGUGAUGCCGAGAAGAUCCCGGUCCAAUCUCCAAUUCCCCAACUCCUACGAUCCAAUUUCAAUGUGUCAAGUCGAAAAGGAAUCCGACAACUUUCGCAUCGACGUCGCGGCGUACCGCUCGGGCGGCGGUUACAUACAGACGGGCGACCGUAAUCGGCGAAGUUUUGCACCGACAUCGGCCGACUUUCCACCUCUAUCGGGCGAGUUAGUUAAUGCCACUUCCCGUGUAGAUGCCGGCUAUCGAUCGCGCCAAGUGCGGGAUGCCGGGGCACGUCUGGCGCGCCCGCGUAGCCGAGCAACCGCGGCACCGCCGCCCCACCCGCCCCGUUCCACCGGCGGCAUCGAGAGGGCUCCAUCCCCCGGUCGCCGCUUACUUUGUUCUUGUUUCGUUUUGAAGGUUAAUUUACGCCCCGACAGA